AUGACACCGUCAACUGCGGAGCUCCCCGCGCCCCUGCCGCCGCCAGAGAAAGGACGGCCGGGCGGCUGCGGUGAGCGCACCGGUGCCCAGCAGGUGGCGCUGCGGCCCGGAGCCCUCUCGGCGGCGCUCCGACACAGGGCGCGGCCACGCAGCCCCUUUCCUUCCGCCUGGGCGGCCCACCCGGCCCGGCUCUGCCCGGGCGGCUGCGCGGGCGGCACGGCGCUCCCCGGUGUUCGGGCCCGCGGCUGGGUGAAGGCCGCCAAGAUGGCCCAGAGGCGCCGCCUGGCGGAGGACGCGGGAGGACCCCGGGGUCCUGCGCCCGGGAGCCAGCGCGCGGCACUUUACGUCCACUGGCCCUACUGCGAGAAGCGCUGCAGUUACUGCAACUUCAACAAGUACAUCCCCCGCGGCGUGGACGAGGCUGCCAUGAGACGCUGUCUGGUGACCGAGGCUCAGACGCUGCUGCAACUCAGUGGGGUGGAGCGAGUGGAGUCUGUGUUCUUUGGUGGGGGUACCCCCAGUCUGGCCAGCCCCCACACUGUGGCAGCUGUCCUGGAGGCAGUGGCCCAGGCAACUCACCUGCCUGCAGACUCUGAAGUCACACUGGAGGCCAACCCCACUUCGGCCCCAAGCUCCAGGCUGGCAGCAUUCCGGGCAGCAGGAGUCAACAGGUUGUCCAUUGGCCUCCAGUCCCUAGAUGACACUGAGCUCCAGCUGCUGGGGAGGACACACUCGGCCAGUGAUGCCUUGCAGAUGCUGGCGGAGGCCCGGCGCCACUUCCCGGGGCGUGUUUCUGUGGACCUGAUGCUGGGGCUGCCGGCACAGCACGUGGGGCCGUGGCUUGGGCAGCUGCAGAAACUGCUGCGGCACUGUGAUGACCAUGUGUCGCUCUACCAGCUGUCCCUGGAGCGGGGCACCGCCCUCUUCACCCAGGUGCAGCAGGGCUCCCUUCCUGCCCCUGACCCCGAACUUGCCGCUGAGAUGUACCAGGAGGGACGGGCAGUCCUUCGGGAGGCUGGCUUCCGCCAGUAUGAGGUCUCCAACUUCGCCCGGAAUGGGGCGCUUAGUACCCACAACUGGACUUACUGGCAGUGCGGUCAGUACCUUGGCAUUGGACCUGGAGCCCAUGGGCGAUUUGUACCCCAGGGGGCUGGGAGCCACACCCGAGAGGCUCGGAUCCAGACCCUGGAGCCUGACAACUGGAUGAAGGAGGUGAUGCUGUUUGGUCACGGCACCCGGAGGCGCAUCCCCCUGGGCAAGCUGGCGCUUCUGGAGGAAGUUUUGGCCAUGGGACUGCGCACAGACGUGGGGAUCACUCACCAGCACUGGCAGCAGUUUGAGCCCCAGCUGACCUUGUGGGACCUGUUUGUAGCUAACAAGGAGGUGCAGGAGCUGCUGGAGCAGGGCCGCUUGCUGCUGGAUUGCAGGGGUCUUCGCUGUUCCUGGGAGGGGCUGGCUGUGCUGGACUCCAUGUUGCCGACCCUUCUAUCUCGGCUCCAAGAGGCCUGGCAGCAGAGAACUCCCUCCCCUGUGCCAAGAGUAUAAUCACAUGUUCCUGUGU